AUGUCUAAAACAUAUCUUGUAACUGGAACUUCGCGCGGUAUCGGUCUUUGGUUUGUCAAGACUCUUAAGGAACAAGGCCACACUGUCAUUGCUACUGCACGCAAUCCCGAUGCGUCCGAACAACUCAAGGCAAUCACGGGAAGUAAUAUUCACAAGGUUCCAUUGGACAUUACUUCCCAGGAAUCCAUUAAGGCAGCAGUAGAACAUGUCAAUAAGUUGGCACCACAUGGUAUUGAUGUACUGAUCAACAACUCGGGCAUCAAUGAAAAGAAGUAUUCUAUAGAUAAAAUUCCUAGUGAAGAGUUUUCUCUGGUACUUAACACAAAUGUGGUUGGAACUUCCAGUGUUACCCAAGCUUUUCUCCCAUUGUUACGCAAAGCAAACACACGCCAUAUUAUCAACAUAUCAUCUAUCGUCGGAUCUCUUGCCAUCACGGACACUGCUUCAAUUCCUGUCUAUCGUGUCUCAAAGGCAGCCGUGAACAUGCUGAGCAAACUCUACUCUAUCCAGUUAAGCGACGAGAAGUUUAUUGUCAGUGCUGUUCAUCCAGGAUGGGUAAAAACAGACAUGGGUGGUGAGGAAGCCCUUAUUACUCCCGCUGAGUCUGUAGCCGGUAUCCUUGAAUAUGAAAGCAGGCUUACAUCAAAAGAUAAUGGCACUUAUGUCGACUAUCAGGGAAAGCCUUUGCCUUGGUAG